AUGCCAUGGACUGACUUACCGGUGACGGGUCAUGACGGGUACCGCGUCUCGUAUAAUGGCGGUGAUAUCCAUGAUAACCGUACCUUCACUGAUAUCACAAACGAUACCCCGACCCUAUCGAUUAGUAGUUUAACACCAGGAACGACCUUCACCUUCCACGUGUUCACUCUGUCCAAUGGACUGGAGAGCGAAGAUUACUAUGGAACUCAGACCUCAACAAUUCCAAACAGACCCACUGCCUUAGCGGUAACUAACAGGACGAUAGCCAGUGUGACCUUGACCGUUACUCCUGGUGACGGGGGUCAUGACGGGUACCGCGUCUCGUAUAAUGGCGGUGAUAUCCAUGAUAACCGUACCUUCACUGAUAUCACAAACGAUACCCCGACCCUAUCGAUUAGUAGUUUAACACCAGGAACGACCUUCACCUUCCACGUGUUCACUCUGUCCAAUGGACUGGAGAGCGAAGAUUACUAUGGAACUCAGACCUCAACAAUUCCAAACAGACCCACUGCCUUAGCGGUAACUAACAGGACGAUAGCCAGUGUGACCUUGACCGUUACUCCUGGUGACGGGGGUCAUGACGGGUACCGCGUCUCGUAUAAUGGCGGUGAUAUCCAUGAUAACCGUACCUUCACUGAUAUCACAAACGAUACCCCGACCCUAUCGAUUAGUAGUUUAACACCAGGAACGACCUUCACCUUCCACGUGUUCACUCUGUCCAAUGGACUGGAGAGCGAAGAUUACUAUGGAACUCAGACCUCAACAAUUCCAAACAGACCCACUGCCUUAGCGGUAACUAACAGGACGAUAGCCAGUGUGACCUUGACCGUUACUCCUGGUGACGGGGGUCAUGACGGGUACCGCGUCUCGUAUAAUGGCGGUGAUAUCCAUGAUAACCGUACCUUCACUGAUAUCACAAACGAUACCCCGACCCUAUCGAUUAGUAGUUUAACACCAGGAACGACCUUCACCUUCCACGUGUUCACUCUGUCCAAUGGACUGGAGAGCGAAGAUUACUAUGGAACUCAGACCUCAACAAUUCCAAACAGACCCACUGCCUUAGCGGUAACUAACAGGACGAUAGCCAGUGUGACCUUGACCGUUACUCCUGGUGACGGGGGUCAUGACGGGUACCGCGUCUCGUAUAAUGGCGGUGAUAUCCAUGAUAACCGUACCUUCACUGAUAUCACAAACGAUACCCCGACCCUAUCGAUUAGUAGUUUAACACCAGGAACGACCUUCACCUUCCACGUGUUCACUCUGUCCAAUGGACUGGAGAGCGAAGAUUACUAUGGAACUCAGACCUCAACAAUUCCAAACAGACCCACUGCCUUAGCGGUAACUAACAGGACGAUAGCCAGUGUGACCUUGACCGUUACUCCUGGUGACGGGGGUCAUGACGGGUACCGCGUCUCGUAUAAUGGCGGUGAUAUCCAUGAUAACCGUACCUUCACUGAUAUCACAAACGAUACCCCGACCCUAUCGAUUAGUAGUUUAACACCAGGAACGACCUUCACCUUCCACGUGUUCACUCUGUCCAAUGGACUGGAGAGCGAAGAUUACUAUGGAACUCAGACCUCAACAAUUCCAAACAGACCCACUGCCUUAGCGGUAACUAACAGGACGAUAGCCAGUGUGACCUUGACCGUUACUCCUGGUGACGGGGGUCAUGACGGGUACCGCGUCUCGUAUAAUGGCGGUGAUAUCCAUGAUAACCGUACCUUCACUGAUAUCACAAACGAUACCCCGACCCUAUCGAUUAGUAGUUUAACACCAGGAACGACCUUCACCUUCCACGUGUUCACUCUGUCCAAUGGACUGGAGAGCGAAGAUUACUAUGGAACUCAGACCUCAACAAUUCCAAACAGACCCACUGCCUUAGCGGUAACUAACAGGACGAUAGCCAGUGUGACCUUGACCGUUACUCCUGGUGACGGGGGUCAUGACGGGUACCGCGUCUCGUAUAAUGGCGGUGAUAUCCAUGAUAACCGUACCUUCACUGAUAUCACAAACGAUACCCCGACCCUAUCGAUUAGUAGUUUAACACCAGGAACGACCUUCACCUUCCACGUGUUCACUCUGUCCAAUGGACUGGAGAGCGAAGAUUACUAUGGAACUCAGACCUCAACAAUUCCAAACAGACCCACUGCCUUAGCGGUAACUAACAGGACGAUAGCCAGUGUGACCUUGACCGUUACUCCUGGUGACGGGGGUCAUGACGGGUACCGCGUCUCGUAUAAUGGCGGUGAUAUCCAUGAUAACCGUACCUUCACUGAUAUCACAAACGAUACCCCGACCCUAUCGAUUAGUAGUUUAACACCAGGAACGACCUUCACCUUCCACGUGUUCACUCUGUCCAAUGGACUGGAGAGCGAAGAUUACUAUGGAACUCAGACCUCAACAAUUCCAAACAGACCCACUGCCUUAGCGGUAACUAACAGGACGAUAGCCAGUGUGACCUUGACCGUUACUCCUGGUGACGGGGGUCAUGACGGGUACCGCGUCUCGUAUAAUGGCGGUGAUAUCCAUGAUAACCGUACCUUCACUGAUAUCACAAACGAUACCCCGACCCUAUCGAUUAGUAGUUUAACACCAGGAACGACCUUCACCUUCCACGUGUUCACUCUGUCCAAUGGACUGGAGAGCGAAGAUUACUAUGGAACUCAGACCUCAACAAUUCCAAACAGACCCACUGUCUUAGCGGUAACAGAGAGGAAUACAACAAGUGUGACACUGAGCGUCACUCCUGGUAACAGGGGCCAUGACGGGUACCGUGUCGAGUACGUUGGUGGUGAUAUCCGUGGUAACCGUACCUUCCCAAACAUAACGAAUCCCUCGAUCCUAGUGAUUGGCAAUUUAACAUCAGGAACGACCUUCACCUUCAACGUGUUCACUCGGGCCAACGGGCUGGAGAGCGAAGAUUACUAUGGAACUCAGGCCUCAACAAACCCUACAACACCUGAGGAUGUAAAAGUAACAAACCAGUCGACCACUUCUGUGACCCUGACCGUCACCCCUGGCGACACUGGGUAUGGCGGAUUCCUCGUCCUAUACGGCGGAUAUAACCUGACGUUUACACUGGAUGACAAGGGUAGUACUCAUCACGAUCUGACUGUAAAUACAGGAUUAACACCGGGGACCACCUACACCUUCCAGGUGUUUACACUCUAUAACGACUCGAUCAGUGACAAUUCCACGAACACAACCGGAAGUACAGUUCCAAACAUACCCUCUGCCUUAGCGGUAACUGACAGAACAACGACCAGUGUGACCUUGACCGUUACUCCUGGUAACGGGGGUCAUGACGGGUACCGCGUCACGUACGUAGGUGAUGGUAUCAAUAGAAACCGUACCUUCCCAAACAAAAUAAUUAAUCGCCCGACCCUAGUGAUUGGCAAUCUAACAUCAGGAACGACCUUCACCUUCAACGUGUUCACUCGGGCCGAUGGGCUGGAGAGCGAAAGUUACUAUGGAACUCAGGCCUCAACAAGCGACAAUGCCAACAGCAAAAUGCAUGAAGGAGCUAUAUGGAGGAAAGCCCACAAUGGUAAGAGACAGACUAAUCUGAGUGGAGUAGAAUAGAUUUGUAGGCCAGAG